GAGGAUCUUCCGAUGGGGCUUGGGGUGGCGUGAUCUCCCAGCCCCCAGGCGUCCAGCACCCACACCCUAGAAGGCUUUCGGCCCCACGUGGACGCACGCACGCACGGCGGUCUGGGACUGGAGGGCUGAGUCGGUGUUUGGCGCCUCGGGGACAUCACAGCCCGCAGCCCCCGAGCCCGGUGCUACGAGUCCUGCACAUCCACGUCCUUCCCACCGCCGCGUCCGCCUCUCCUCUCCCCGAUGGGCGCCCGCUGCUUUGUGCGGCUGCGGUGGCCGCUGUCGCCACUGCUGCUGCUGUUGCUGUUACUGCACCCGGUGGGCGCCGGUGCCCAGGACGAGGAUGCUGACUACGAGGAGCUGAUGCUAGCCCUCCGGUCCCAGGAGGAUGGUCUGGCCGAUGAGGUCCCGCACAUGGCCACCGCCACCUUCCGUCGUUGCUCUAAGGAGGCCUGGAGGCUGCCAGGCACCUACGUGGUGGUGCUGACCGAGAAGACACAGCGACUGCAGAUUGAACAAGCCAUCCAUCGCCUGCAGACCAGGGCUGCCCGCCGGGGCUAUGUCAUCAAGGUUCUGCACAUCUUCUAUGACCUCUUCCCUGGCUUCUUGGUGAAGAUGAGCAGUGACCUGCUGAGCCUGGCCCUGCAGUUACCCCACGUGGAGUACAUCGAGGAAGACUCCUUUGUCUUCGCCCAGAGCAUCCCGUGGAACCUGGAGCGGAUUAUCCCAGCAGGGCACCAGACAGAGGAAUACAGCUCCUCCAGUAAGGUCCCCAAUGGAAGUGGCCAGGUGGAGGUAUAUCUCUUAGACACCAGCAUCCAGAGUGACCAUCGGGAAAUUGAGGGCAGGGUCACCAUCACUGACUUCAACAGCGUGCCUGAGGAGGAUGGGACACGCUUCCACAGGCAGGCAAGCAAGUGCGACAGCCAUGGCACCCACCUGGCAGGCGUGGUCGGCGGCCGGGAUGCUGGUGUGGCCAAGGGCACCAGCCUGCGCAGUCUGCGUGUGCUCAACUGUCAAGGGAAGGGCACAGUCAGCAGCACCCUCGUAGGUCUGGAGUUUAUUUGGAAAAGCCAGCUAGUCCAGCCUUCAGGGCCAGUAGUAGUCCUGCUGCCCCUGGCGGGUGGGUAUAGCAGGAUCCUCAACACUGCCUGCCAGCGCCUGGCAAGGACUGGGGUAGUGUUGGUUGCUGCAGCUGGCAACUUCCGGGAUGAUGCCUGCCUCUACUCCCCAGCCUCUGCACCAGAGGUCAUCACAGUUGGGGCCACCAAUGUCCGGGACCAGCCAGUCACCCUGGGGACCUUGGGGACCAACUUUGGCCGCUGUGUGGACCUCUUUGCUCCUGGGAAGGACAUCAUUGGUGCCUCCAGUGACUGCAGCACCUGCUUCACGUCCCAGAGCGGGACGUCACAGGCUGCUGCCCACGUGGCUGGCAUUGUAGCCAUGAUGCUGACUCUGGAGCCAGAGCUCACUUUGGCCGAGCUGCGGCAGAGGCUGAUCCACUUCUCUACCAAAGACGUCAUCAACAUGGCCUGGUUCCCUGAAGACCAGCGGGUGCUGACCCCCAACCUGGUGGCCACACUGCCCCCCAGCACUCAUGUGGCCGGCGGGCAACUGCUCUGCAGGACGGUGUGGUCAGCACCCUCGGGGCCCACACGGACAGCCACCGCUACAGCCCGCUGUGCCGCAGAAGAGGAGCUGCUGAGCUGUUCCAGCUUCUCCAGGAGCGGGAGGCGACGUGGUGAUCGGAUUGAGGCUACAGGGGGGCAGCAGGUCUGCAAGGCCCUCAAUGCAUUUGGAGGUGAGGGGGUCUACGCUGUCGCUAGGUGCUGCCUGCUUCCCCAUGCCAACUGUAGCAUCCACACCACGCCUGCAGCCAGAGCUAGCCUGGAGACCCGUGCCCACUGCCACCAGGAGGACCACGUCCUCACAGGCUGCAGCUUCCACUGGGAGGUGGAAGACAUUGGGGUCCAGCAGCCGGCUCUGCUGAGGCCCAGACAUCAGCCUGGCCAGUGCGUUGGCCACCGGGAGGCCAGCGUCCAUGCUUCCUGCUGCCAUGCCCCAGGCCUGGAGUGCAAAAUCAAGGAGCAUGGGGUCUCAGGCCCUACAGAGCAGGUCACCGUGGCCUGUGAGGCAGGCUGGACCCUGACUGGAUGCAAUGCUCUCUCUGGGGCAUCCGUCACUCUGGGGGCCUACGCCGUGGACAACAUGUGUGUGGCAAGAAGCCGUGACACCGACGUGGCAGGCAGGGCCGGUGAGGAAGCCACAGUAGCUGCUGCCAUCUGCUGCCGGAGUCGGCCUUCAGCAAAGGCCUCCUGGGCUCACCAGUGACGGUCUCAGGCCGGGAUGGUGCCUGCGCCUGGGUGCAGAUAUACCUGCCUGGGAGAACUUGGUGUCUCACCCUGGAUACCCCUUCCUGGUGUCUGUGUAGGGAAGCCUAGCACUCUACCAUCAGAGAGGUUAAGUGGUGGUCGUCCCCGCCAGCUGUUCCGGUGUGUAUCUGUCCCAUAGGAAGGUGAUGAGGGAGAUCCUUAGAGCUCAAGUGCCAGACUGGGGAACUGAGUCUGAAAGCUGCUGGGACCCCUCACAGCCUGCUCACAUUGGAGACACUAUUUUGGGCUCCCUGAUUGAAUUCGGAUCAGUUCUGCACACCUCUAGGGGUGAUGACAUCUAGCCGGUGGUGGAUCCAGCUGUGAGGCCAUGCCCGUAUCUUCCAGAUGCCCUCUAUCUAUUGCACCCCAGGCUUCGGCCCUGCUCAGGCUGCCUGGUUGUGAGGCCCCCAGCUGACUGCACCUGGGAGCCACACAGUGCUGACUCCACCUCACCCCACCCCCUCUACUACCCUGCACAGUGAAGACCGGCAGCCUCACUUUAUGGAGAAAGAAGACAGGACCAGAGAGGGGCGUGCCUGGUGAUAUCACACAGCCAGUGGUGUCAGGAUGUACAUCCAGAGUGGCUGGCCCUGACACCAUGCCUCUUGGCAGUGCCAGGCUGGGCACGCUAUUUCUGAAAGGAGACGGAGGCCAGUCCACGCCUCAGCAGCGGUUCCUGGAUCGCUCCCUAGGGCAGGCCCUCCCCAUGGCUCCCCGAGCUUCACGGGCACGGACUGUGGAGAACGGAGGAGCGACAGGCCACACAGGCUGACAAGAACAGACACCUCUGUUCUCUCGGCAUUUCCUCCUUUUUAUAUAAGCUUUCCCAUUGGCACUGCUUUUGUAACUUGAUAUUUAUUCUGGGUUUUGUAGAGUUUUUAUUAUGUAGUGAGUUUUCAGAAUAAAAGCAGCUGACGUGACUGCCUGCA